AUGGCGGAGGGGCGCGAUCCUCUGGAGCACACGAGCCUGUAUCGCAAAGCCGACAGCGAGGAAAGCGACGCGGAGAGCGGCCUGGGGAACGUCAACCGGCUGGUGAUCCGCCCUCCCGGGAGCAGCGGGAAGGCGAAGAAGGGUCACCUGUGCUUCGACGCCUCCUUCGAGACCGGAAACCUCGGCAGGGUCGACCUCGUCUCCGAGUUCGAGUACGACCUCUUCCUGCGGCCGGACACCUGUAGUCCGAGAUUCAGGUUCUGGUUCAACUUCACCGUGGACAACGUUCGGGCCGAACAGAGGGUCGUCUUCAACGUCGUCAACGUGUCCAAGAGCAGGAACCUCUUCCGAGACGGCAUGACUCCGCUCGUCAAGAGCGGGAGCCGCCCGAGGUGGCAGCGGAUUCCCCGUCGACAGGUCUUCUACUACGAGUCGGCCCAACACCGGGACCACUACGUCCUGAGCUUCGCGUUCGCCUUCGACCGCGAGGACGAGGUCUACCAGUUCGCCCUGGCGUACCCCUACUCGUACUCGCGGCACGUCGGCCACCUGGACAACCUCUGCUCCCGCUGGAGCUUCGUCAGGCGCGACACCUUGGCCCUGUCCAUCCAGAAGCGGAAGGUGGACCUUCUGACGGUGACCGGGGUCCCGGGGUCGGGGGCCGAGGACCGCCCGAAGCGGGUCGUCGUCGUCUUGGCGAGGGUGCACCCCGGGGAGUCGCCCUCCUCCUUCGUCUGCCAGGGCCUCGUCGACUUCCUCGUGAGCGCGCAUCCAAUCGCGAGGGUUCUUCGCGACUACGUCGUCUUCAAGAUCGUGCCCAUGCUCAACCCCGACGGCGUGUUCCUUGGGAACUCGAGGUCCACGCUGACGGGGACGGACCUCAACCGCUCCUGGAACCGAAUCUCCGAAUGGGCCCACCCGACCCUCGCGGCCACCAGAACGCUGCUCGAGGCCCUCGACAGGGACUCCGCCUCGCCGCUGGACUGCGUCCUGGAUAUCCACGCCCACGCCAACGCAACCGGCGCCUUCGUCUAUGGCAACGCCUACGACGACGUCUACCGGUACGAGAGGCACGUCGUCCUGCCCAAGAUACUGGCCCAGCUCGCCGAGGACUACGAGGCCGGGUACACGAUGUACAACCAGGACCCGCGGAAGGCCGGCACCGCCCGGCGGUUCCUCUGCCAGCUGCUGAGCGAGCGGGUCAACUGCUACACCGUCCACGUGUCCAUGUACGGCUACGCGCGGAAGGGCGCGCCCGGAAUACUCCCCUACACCGAGGAGGGCUACUUCCGCCUGGGCCGCAACCUCGGUCGGGUCUUUCUGGACUACUACAAGCUGCUGGGCCUGAUCCCGAGCGGACUGCCGGAUCAGCCGACCGGCAGGCGCGGCCGGCAGGCCGGACAGCGGAAGCGGCUGCCUCGGCGACGGCCUCGUCCUCGAACCGCCAGGACGCCCGCCCCGCUGCACUUCGCCAGGAUUCACGAGUACUUCCGAGAGGACGCGGCCGGCGCCGAGAGGGGACCGGCCGUUUCGGGAAGAAUCGGCGGCGCGAGGACCAGGGUCGGCGGACCUCGGCUCGACGGGGCCUCGCGCGAGUCCUUCCACCCGGCGGCGCCUCCGGAACCGAGGCUCACCGUGAUCGACUUCAACCAGCUGACGAGGGGCGGCCUGGACCUCGCCACGGCAAUUUACAGGUGUACCGUAGCUCAUUUGACCGAUGAAGAAUGUAACAUCCGAUUUGUAGCCACGAUAUUCGUCCAAAGGACGGAUCUUAGAAAUUGGCAGGUAUAA